CGAUCUUCACCUUUUUCCUAUUCGCCACGGGUGGAACAACAGCUUGGACGUUCUUAAUUCAUUGCUCGUGGAAUGCUACGAUCUGAUUGAACAUCGAGCUCCUGCAAGAAAAGCCUAGGACCUUGCUCCAGGUCCGCCCAUUCACAACAUCAAUUCCAAAACGACUCAGUUCCAAUCUCAGAGUAUCAGUCAAAGCAUGAAGAUUCUUGACUCUUGAGGUGAAUUAAGAAUUAAAAAGAGCAGCUUUGCAAGCAGUGUAAGCAUUAUUUGUCUUAAUUCUUGAGGUGAAUUCCUUGAAAGCCUCGACCUCUUCCCUCAACCGCCUCUUUGUGUCGUGGACAUUCCGUCAUCCAAGUCGGUGGAGUGUCUGAUGGGGAAGACUUACAGGAGGCUAAAGGGAAGCCAGAACUUGAGGCAACGUCUGGUUCUUGCAACCCUCUCGUCCACUCCAAUACUCAUUGAGAAUAUCCGCACAGACGAUACCUUUUCUGGUCUUAAGGAAUACGAAGUCUCCUUUCUCCGCUUGCUAGAGAAAAUCUGCAAUGACUGCUACAUCGAAAUCCCAAGUGCUACAACGUUGAAGUACAAGCCUGGAAUCGUGAUCGGGGGGAGUCAUCUUUAUCAUGAUUGUGGAGUUAGUCGUUCCAUUGGUUAUUUUCUGGAGCCACUGCUCGUCCUUGCUUUAUUUGCUAAGAAACCACUCACUAUUAGACUCAAAGGAAUUACAAAUGAUUCUAAGGAUCCUUCAGUAGAUACUUUUCGUUCCACUACUUUGCCCAUAUUGAAGCUUUUUGGAGUCCCUUGUGAAGGAUUGGAUCUUAUAAUAGAGUCUCGCGGAGUUCCUCCGAAUGGCGGCGGGGAAGUUGUCUUGGCAGUUCCCAUUGUUCACAGUCUAAAUCAGGCAGUUUCCUGGACCGACGAGGGCUUGAUUAAGAGGAUAAGAGGAGUAACAUUUUCAGCAAGAGUAAGUUCUCAGUUUGAAAACAUCAUGAUUCAUGCUGCCCGUGGAAUCCUCAAUCUUCUACUCUCAGAUGUACACAUUUUUACUGAUCACAGAGUUGGUCCACAAGCUGGAAAAUCCCCUGGAUAUGGGAUUUCGCUAGUUGGGGAGACCACUUGUGGUGUCUUCAUCUCUGUAGACACCACUAUUUGUCAUGCUCGUGCUGGAGAAAUUUGUGACUUCACAGAUGAUAACAAGACUGACCUCGUACCCCCAGAGGACGUUGGUCGACAAAUCGCCUUUGUUUUACUUGAAGAGAUUAAACUGAGUGGAGUAGUAGAUUCAACGCAUCAGGGCUUAUUGUUUCUUCUUUGCGCACUGUGUCGACAAGAUGUCUCCAAGAUUCGCGUUGGAAAGUUGUCCCAACAUGGGAUUCAAACACUCAGAGAAAUAAGGGAUUUUUUGGAUUUGAAAUUUAUUAUGAAGACCGAUCCAAGGACCGAGACAAUUAUUCUUAAAUGUAUUGGUUCUGGCAUGAAGAACCUUUCGAGAAAGCACUCAUGAAGCGAACAAAUCUUUUUUUUUUUUUUUAACCAGACUGCGGAAAAGCAAAAAAUGAAAAAUGAAAAAACCGUUAGAUCUGCGGACUUUGGAGCUCGUUAAACAAGAAAACGAACACACGUGGUAUGCUGUGUAUUUUUUGAAAUUUUUUUCUU